AUGACUACUGCAAACUGUGGCGCCCACGACGAGCUCGACUUCAAACUCGUCUUUGGCGAGGACGGGGCGCCGGCGCCGCCGUCCUCGGGCUCGCGGCCUGCAGAUCUUGAGCCAGAUGAUUGUGCAUCCAUUUACAUCUUUAAUGUAGAUCCACCUCCAUCUACUUUAAACUCACCACUUUGCUUACCACAUCAUGGAUUACCGUCUCACUCUUCUGUUUUGUCACCAUCGUUUCAGCUCCAAGGUCACAAAAACUAUGAAGGAACUUGUGAGAUUCCUGAAUCUAAAUACAGCCCUUUAAGUGGUCCCAAACCCUUUGAGUGUCCAAGUAUUCAAAUUACAUCCAUCUCUCCUAACUGUCAUCAAGAAAUAGAUACUCAUGAAGAUGACCUACACAUAAAUGAUCCAGAAAGGGAAUAUUUGGAAAGGCCUUCUAGAGAUCAUCUCUAUCUUCCUCUUGAGCCAUCCUACCGGGAGUCUUCCCUUAGUCCUAGUCCUGCCAGCAGCAUCUCUUCUAGGAGCUGGUUCUCAGAUGCAUCUUCUUGCGAAUCUCUUUCACACAUUUAUGAUGAUGUGGAUUCGGAAUUGAAUGAAGCUGCCGCCCGAUUUACUCUUGGAUCCCCUCUGACUUCUCCUGGUGGCUCACCAGGAGGUUGCCCUGGAGAAGAGUCCUGGCAUCAACAAUAUGGACUUGGACACUCCUUGUCACCCAGGCAAUCUCCUUGCCACUCUCCUAGAUCUAGUGUUACUGAUGAGAAUUGGCUGAGCCCCAGGCCAGCCUCAGGACCCUCAUCAAGGCCUACUUCCCCCUGUGGGAAACGACGGCACUCCAGUGCUGAGGUUUGUUAUGCUGGGUCCCUUUCACCCCAUCAUUCACCUGUUCCUUCUCCUGGUCACUCCCCCAGGGGAAGUGUAACAGAAGAUACCUGGCUUAAUGCUUCUGUCCAGGGUGGAUCAGGCCUUGGCCCUGCACUUUUUCCAUUUCAGUACUGUGUAGAGACUGAUAUCCCUCUGAAAACAAGGAAGACUUCUGAAGAUCAAGCUACCAUACUACCAGGAAAAUUAGAGCUCUGUUCAGAUGACCAAGGGAGUUUAUCACCAUCCCGGGAGACUUCAGUAGAUGAUGGCCUUGGAUCUCAGUAUCCUUUAAAGAAAGAUUCAUCUGGUGACCAAUUUCUUUCAGUUCCUUCACCUUUUACCUGGAGCAAACCAAAGCCUGGCCACACCCCAAUAUUUCGCACAUCUUCAUUACCUCCACUAGACUGGCCUUUACCAACUCAUUUUGGACAAUGUGAACUGAAGAUAGAAGUGCAACCUAAAACUCAUCAUCGAGCCCAUUAUGAAACUGAAGGUAGCCGAGGAGCAGUAAAAGCAUCUACUGGGGGACAUCCUGUUGUCAAGCUCCUGGGCUAUAAUGAAAAGCCGAUAAAUCUUCAGAUGUUUAUUGGAACAGCAGAUGAUCGAUAUUUACGACCUCAUGCAUUUUACCAGGUGCAUCGAAUCACUGGGAAGACUGUUGCUACUGCAAGUCAAGAGAUAAUAAUUGCCAGCACAAAGGUUCUGGAAAUUCCCCUUCUUCCUGAAAACAAUAUGUCAGCCAGUAUUGACUGUGCAGGUAUUUUGAAACUCCGCAAUUCAGAUAUAGAACUUCGAAAAGGAGAAACUGAUAUUGGCAGAAAGAAUACUAGAGUACGACUUGUAUUCCGUGUGCACAUCCCACAGCCCAAUGGAAAAGUCCUUUCUCUUCAGACAGCUUCCAUACCUGUUGAGUGCUCUCAGCGGUCUGCUCAAGAACUUCCUCAUAUUGAGAAGUAUAGUAUCAACAGUUGUUCUGUAAAUGGAGGUCAUGAAAUGAUUGUGACUGGAUCUAAUUUUCUUCCAGAAUCCAAAAUCAUUUUUCUUGAGAAAGGACAAGAUGGACGACCUCAGUGGGAGGUAGAAGGGAAAAUAAUCCGGGAAAAAUGUCAAGGGGCUCACAUUGUCCUUGAAGUUCCUCCAUAUCAUAACCCAGCAGUUACAGCUGCAGUGCAGGUGCACUUUUAUCUUUGCAAUGGCAAGAGGAAAAAAAGCCAGUCUCAACGUUUUACUUAUACACCAGUUUUGAUGAAGCAAGAACACAAAGAAGAGGUUGACUUGUCUUCAGUUCCGUCAUUGUCUGUGCCUCAUCCUGCCCAGACCCAGAGGCCUUCUUCAGACACAGGACACCCACAUAACAGUGUACUGUCAACACAGAGAAGCUUGGUUUGUCCCAUCCAGCAAACAUAUGCAUCUAUGGUAACUUCAUCUCGUCUGCCACAGUUGCAGUGUAGGGAUGAAAGCGCUGGUAAAGAACAGCAUAUGUUACCUUCUUCAGUCAUGCACCAGCCUUUUCAAGUCACACCAACACCUCCUGUGGGGUCUUCCUAUCAGCCUAUGCAAACUAAUGUUGUGUACAACGGACCAACUUGUCUUCCAGUUAAUGCUGCCUCUAGUCAAGAAUUUGAUCCGGUUUUGUUUCCACAGGAUGCAGCUCUUCCUACUUUAAUAAAUCUUGGCUGUCAACCAUCGUCAUCCAUACCUUUUCAUUCUUCAAAUUCAGGCCCAACAGGACAUCUCUUAGCCCACACACCUCAUUCGGUACAGACCCUGCCUCAUCUGCAGUCAAUGGGAUACCAUUGUUCAACCACAGGACAGAGAUCUCUUUCUUCUCCAGGGGCUGACCAGGUCGCAGGCCAGCCUUCCCCUCAGUUACAGCCCAUUACAUAUGGUCCUUCACAUUCAGGGUCUGGUACAGCAGCUUCCCCAGUAGCCUCUCAUCCCCUGGCUAGUUCACCACUUUCUGGGCCACCAUCUCCUCAGCUACAGCCUAUGCCUUACCAAUCUCCUAGCUCAGGAACUGCCUCAUCACCAUCUCUAGCCACCAGAAUGCAUUCUGGACAGCACUCAACUCAAGCACAAAGUACAGGCCAGGGAGGUCUUUCUGCACCUUCAUCCUUAAUAUGUCGCAAUUUGUGUGAUCCAGCUUCAUUUCCACCUGAUGAGGCAACUGUGAACAUUAAGCCUGAACCUGAAGAGCAGGAACCUAACUUUUCAACAAUUGGUCUACAGGACAUCACUUUAGAUGAUGUGAACGAGAUAAUUGGGAGAGACAUGUCCCAGAUUUCUGUUUCCCAAGGAACAGGGGCGAGCAGGCAGGCUCCCCUCCCUGGUCCCGAUUCCCUGGAUUUGGGAAGAUCCGAUGGGCUCUGA